AUGACGAAGGACGCUGCGGGAAGCCUCAUCAUCUCUCAGCCAGUAACUGCUGACGGUGCCGUGAUUAAGGAGUGGAUCACACGUUUUUUACAUCUUAAACAAAUAAUAUACCUUCGGUGUCUAGUUCAGUUUUGGGGCUUGGUGAAGAAUGAGGACAAAACGUAUUUGACAACUCCUGACCAGCCUUUUGCUCUCCUUUACUACGGCUUCGAUGGUCAAGCCCUCAAGAAACUACGUGAAUAUAGGAAGCACUAUUGGUCCCCUGGUCGGGUGUUCCGCAGUGGGUUGCCUGAGUUUACAGAGGAUGUGGGCCAUUACACUCCUAGAGAGUAUCCUCAACGUGAUUAUGCGGUCGGCCGUGUCCGGGAAUACUGGGCGUUGCCAAUCUAUCAUCAUCCUACUCAGCACCUCCCCAUUGGUGUACUGGAAAUUGCAUCUGUUUUUAGCUUCAUACCUCGACAUGGGGUUCUGGAGAAGCUUCAGAAUCUACUACGCAAGGUGAAUCUGACUACUACUCGCGUAAGCCUCUUCGCAGGAGCAAGUUCAUGUCAACGUGGAGAUAUUGCUAUAAUUGAAGAAGCAUUGAGCGAGGUGACUGCAAUAUGUGGACUGGGUUAUGGUGUUACUAAAACUUGGACUAUUUCUGGAGAAAUAUUAAGUUCUCAUGGUAGCGUAGAUUUUAUUCGGAAGGGACAAGGGGUAGUUGGGAGAGCAUUCUCAUCCAAAAGUGCAUGCUUUUGUAGGGAUAUAAGACAAUUAAGCAUAACAGACUACCCGCUGGUACCCAAGGCACGAUCCCUUGGGUACUCUUCCUGUUUUGCAGUUUGUUUGCAGAGCUCUUGCUCGAACAAUUGCAUUUAUGUACUGGAGUUCUUUCUACCUACGUAUGAAGAAGAUGAAGAUGAAGCAGACUAUGGGGAAGAUGAAGCAGACUAUGGGGAUCCUAGGACAUUGCUGAACAGCCUAAUGGAGACAUUGAAAGAACGUCUCCAAAAUUCUUUUAAGAUUGCUUCAGGACAAGAAUUGGGGCAGAAAUUGACUGUUGAGGUUAUAAAGGUCUCUCCAGAGGAUGAAUUUGAUUCUUUUGAAAUCUGCAAUACUACUGGUGUUGAAUCUACACCUAGGCUUAGAGAAGUACAUGGAGGAGAAGGAAUGAUGCAACUUGAUUUCUCAUCUCAGCAAGUUGAUACUACAAAUGCUUAUAUAAAUGGUGUCCAUGGACAGCAGGGUGUGAUUGUUGGAUCUCCACCUAGACCAGAGCGCGCACAGGGCUUUGUCAACAUAUCAUAUCAAGAAUUAAAUCUUGCAGGAGUUGAUGUUGCGCACAAUUCUAUGGAUGGUAUUUAUGAACAGCAAAAUGGAAUUGUCAGAUCUACAACUGGACAGGAGCUCGUGCAAAACAUGGUCAGCAUAGCACAUGAUGAACCAAUUGUGGAGGAUCCUGAAGAGAUGAUGCUAUUAUAGAACAGAGUGGCAAUGAAGUGACUAAUUUAAAAAUGCAAGAGCCUAGUUGUACUUUAAAAAGCGACCUUGGAAUUACUCGUGAGGUUCUUGAACAAAAUUCUAUGCGGAAACUUGAAGAUGCUGCAAAAAAUAUUGGAGUCAGUCGAUCUACAUUGAAGCGUAUAUGUAGGGAGGAUGGUAUUCGCAGAUGGCCCCCUCGUAAAGAAAGAAAGGUUAACCAAGUCUUUGCUAAACAAAAAGUUGUUCAACCCGCUACUGAAAAUAUUGAAGAACACCAUCAGUUAGAUGCAACAAGGCUAGAAGAUGAUAGCAACAUGUGGGUGAUCAAGGCAAAAUAUCAGGAGGACAAGAUAAAAUUUGAACUUCCAUCUUCUGCCCGUAAAAUUGAUCUGGAGAAGAACAUUGCACAACGAUUCAAUCUAUCCCUUGGAAGUUUUAAAAUUAAGUAUCAGGAUGAACUAAGCUUUACUGUGGUCAUUGUGCAGCUUAUAGGUUGUCCCAUAAGUUGCAUGGAUUAAAAAGCUCCCUUUUUGCGUCUUGGAACGACCAAGAAAUGAGUAUAAAACUUAAAAGGAUAAUGAUUCGGA